UCAAUUCCUGGGGGUUAUUCUUAUUAAUAGACUCACUAAUAGUAAAUAUUCAUUACCUCGUCACAAUUCACAGUGUGGCUCGUGCCCCCGAAUAUCCCUUGCCUUACCUUGAACUCGGGGGUGAAGCUUCCAAGCAUAAACCACUACAAAAUGUCUAACAAACGCAUCGAACAAAGCGAAAUCGAAAAAUAUUGGGAGAUAUUUGCAUCUUUAUCAAAUGGUGGAACACAUCUCACUGGCGCGCAGGCAGCGCCAGUUCUGAAAAACAGUCAACUGCGAGACGAUCAACUCGAACGGAUAUGGGAUCUCGCAGAUGUCGACAAUGAUGGGAAUCUAGAUUUUGAGGAAUUCUGUGUGGCUAUGAGACUGAUUUUCGAUCUUGUCAACGGGGUAUGGUAAUUUCAUAUCAAUAAUAGUAGGGCUGAUUUAAUUUAAGCAUCUUUUAGGAAUAUGCAGAUGUACCACCAGCACUACCUGACUGGCUUGUUCCAGAAUCAAAAGCACAUUUAGUCCAGGCUAGUCGAGCACUUACGGGAAGACAGGUUCAAUUCGAACGGGUUGAAGAUGACGAUGACACCCCGGGCUUGAAAGAUGGCUUCGAUUGGUAUAUGAGUCCGUCAGACAAGUCCAAAUACGAAGAGAUAUACGCUGCGAAUAGGGAUGGCAGAGGAGAUAUAACUUGUAAGUGCAUGGGCCCUACGACCUAUAUCCAAUUAAUUCUGACUUCCCAAAGUCGAAUCUCUAGAUACCCUCUACUCUUCGCUUGACGUACCAGAUACCGAUGUUCGUUCAGCCUGGAACUUAAUCAAUCCAUCCGCUGCUCCCGCCAUUACCAAAGAUGCCACUCUCGCCUUCUUACACAUACUUAACAAUCGACACGAAGGAUAUCGCAUUCCUAGAACGGUUCCUCCAUCCCUCAGAGCAAGUUUCGAACGAAAUCAAAUCGAUUACCAACUAGACAACCAACGUGUAGCAUCACCGGCGCAAAAAUGGGGCGUUACCGGUGGUGACGAAACAAGUACUGGUCGCAAAGCUAAAUUCGGAGAGACAUACAUGAGUCGACUUGGAUUAGGCGGGAAGAGCAGUUACAGACCUGCUGGUACCGAUUUCUCAGGCACGAAAACGACCGAGGAUUGGGAGGAAGUAAGAUUAAAGAAACAACUCGCAGAGCUCGAAGCCAAGAUUGAGAAGGUUGAAGCUGCAGCUGCAGCGAGAUCUGGCGGGCGACGGGAUACCAAGCCAGCCUUAGUCAAGAGAGAAUUGGAACAGUUGCUAGACUACAAACGCCGAGAAUUACGAGAUCUGGAAUCCGGUGAGGGAAGGAGUAAAGUUGGUGCAAGCUUAAAAGGGGUUGCGGAUGAGAUCACUACGGUCAAGGAACAGGUCGAUGGAUUGGAAGCACAUUUAAGGUCACGAGAACAGGUCUUGGAGGAAUUGAAGCAAGAGAUUGAAAACGAGAAGAUCAGCCGAUAGAUUUAUUUACCACUAAUUAAUACAAUUGUUUAUAAAUAGGGCCAAGCGGUGUUAAUCUUCUGACUCCAAGGCGACGUCGAUCCUU